CUCCAAUACUGGCCCUUUUCCUCUGCAGAUCUUUAUAACUGGGAGAUGCAUAACCCUACUUUCUCUGAAAAUCCACAGGCUCUCACUGCUUUAAUAGAGUCUCUUGUUUUCUCCCAUCAGCCUACCUGGGAUGAUUGCCAGCAGCUUCUGCAGACUCUCCUCACCACUGAGGAAAGACAAAGAGUCCUCUUAGAAGCUAGGAAAAAUGUUUUAGGCACAAACGGGCAGCCCACCCAGCUGCCUAAUGAGAUUGACGCUGGCUUCCCUCUUGUCAGACCGAACUGGGAUUUUAACACUCCUGAAGGUAAGGAGCACCUGAAAAUGUAUCGCCAGGCUCUAGUGGCGGGUCUCCAUGGAGCGGCCAGACGGCCCACGAAUUUGGCAAAGGUAAGAGAGGUAACUCAGGGGCCCCAGGAAUUACCAACUGUGUUCCUAGAGCGGCUAAUGGAAGCCUUCCGGCGGUUUACUCCCUAUGACCCCACUUCUGAGGAACACAAGGCCACCAUAGCUAUGGCUUUUAUUGACCAGGCGGCCCCUGAUAUCAGAAAGAAGUUACAGAGACUAGAUGGUCUCCAGGGUUUCUCUCUCCAGGAUCUAGUUAAGGAGGCAGAUAAGGUAUACAAUAAGAGAGAAACCGAGGAAGAAAAGGAAGAAAGGAGACAGAAGGAACAGGACGAGAGAGAGGAAAGGAGACAGAAAGAACAGGAAGCCCAUGAAUUAAGGCGGGACAAGCGGCAAGAGAGGAAUUUGAGUAAGAUACUGGCCACUGUAGUCAGAGGAGGAAAUAUUAGAGACAGGAAUAGACAGGAAGGGCGGACAGGAAGGCGACCAUUAGACAAGGAUCAAUGUGCUUACUGUAAAGAAAAAGGUCACUGGGUAAGAGAAUGCCCUAAAAAGAAGAAUGGGGGAAAACCAACCAGAGACAAAAUUUUACCCCUGGAAGAGGAAAAUUAGGGAAGUCAGGGCUCGGACCCUCUCCCCGAGCCCAGGGUAACCCUGAAAGUUGAGGGGGAACCAGUUCAGUUUUUGGUGGAUACUGGAGCUCAGCACUCAGUCCUCCUGCAACCAAGAGGGCCUCUCUCAGACAAGCGGUCAUGGGUCCAAGGGGCUACAGGAAAUAAACAAUAUUCUUGGACCACCCGCCGGACUGUAGAUCUUGGAAUGGGGCAAGUGACCCACUCAUUUCUGGUCAUUCCAGAAUGCCCCUAUCCGCUGUUGGGGAGAGACCUACUCUCCAAAGUCGGGGCACAGAUUCACUUCCAGCCCGAGGGACCCACCAUAACGGAUAGCCAGGGAAGGCUCCUCCAGAUUUUAACUAUGAAAUUAGAAGAUGAACACAGG